CAACAAACGCCCCCGCACAGCCUAUCGGCGCCGCGGUCCCGCUGUCACGGGAACCAAUAGCGGACCUGCACCAGAGAGAGGCUGAUCGACUGUCCGCCAUUUCAGGAUUCCGGACUGAAAGAAGUCGGUGAAAAAAAUACAAGAAAAGAAAACACCGAUAAGGUGGAGAAUAAACAGAGCCUGUGUGGAACAGCGACAGACGGAGGAGGGAUCGCACAGCCCUGCUGCUUCCUCUCAACUCCUGGGACAACCAGGCCUCCUCUCUCGGCUGAGCGCCCCCCUCCCCUCCCCUCCCCUCCCCCCCUCCCCUCCCCGCUGUGUGUCUGAUGCCCUUUAAAGAUGAGCCCUGCUCUGGAAGCCAUGGAAGGGGAGCAGCAACGCUACGGCAACAACAAGGGGGUCGUGCUUGAGCCCUUCGUGCACCAGGUGGGAGGCCACUCCUGCGUGCUGCGCUUCAGCGAGCAGACCAUCUGCAAGCCCCUCAUCCCCCGAGAGCACCAGUUCUACAAGAGCCUGCCCGUGGAGAUGCGCCGAUACAUCCCCCAGUACAAAGGAGUGGUGUCGGUCAGUUUCGAGGAGGACGAGGAAGGCAAUCUGUGCCUCAUCGCGUACCCACUGAACGGAGGAGACCACGGGGAGCUGGAGAAGAACGUGGACCUCUCGGACUGCGAGCCCAAGAACAAGCUGCUGAAGUGGAGCAACAAGAAGCCCGGUCUGUUACUGGAGAACGACAACUACAGCAAGGAGAGGGUCCGGCAGCACCGCAAGGAGGAGAAACUCAAGAGUAGCUAUAACCUGGACGAGGAGUUUGAGCGCCUGAAGAAGUCUGAGGUGCUGUACUGCAGCCUGGAGAAGGGCAACGUGGUGUCCCAGAUCAAGCACAACCCGUGGAGCAUGAAGUGCCACCAGCAGCAGCUGCAGAGAAUGAAGGAGAACGCCAAGCAUCGGAACCAGUACAAAUUCAUCCUGCUGGAGAACCUGACGUGGCGCUACGAGGUGCCCUGCGUCCUCGACCUGAAGAUGGGAACACGGCAGCACGGGGACGACGCCUCUGAGGAGAAGAAAGCCAACCAGAUCCGCAAGUGCCAGCAGAGCACCUCGGCCAUCAUCGGAGUGAGAGUCUGUGGCAUGCAGGUGUACCAGUCAGACUCGGGGCAGCUGAUGUUCAUGAACAAGUACCACGGGCGCAAGCUGACGGUGCCGGGCUUCAAGGAGGCGCUGUUCCAGUUCUUCCACAACGGGCGCUUCCUGCUGCGGGAGCUCUUGGAGCCGGUCCUGCGCAAGCUCUCGGAGCUCAAGGCCGUGCUGGAGGCCCAGGAGUCGUACCGCUUCUACUCCAGCUCUCUGCUCAUCAUCUACGACGGCAAGAAGGUGCAGCAGCAGCCCCGGCACCGCGGCGGAGAGGAGGGCGACGAGGAGGAGGAGGAGGAGGAGGAGGAGGGCGGGGAGGGAGCCUUCGCCUUCACCCAGCAAAGGAAAGUCCGGGGCAAGCAGGGCGGAAGCGCGGCGGGGGGCUGCAGCGGGGGUCCGGGGGGCAGCGGUGGCUCCUGCAGUGUGGACGUGCGCAUGAUCGACUUUGCGCACACCACGUGCCGCUACUACGGAGAGGACAGCGUGGUCCACGAGGGCCAGGACACGGGGUACAUCUUCGGGCUCCAGAAUCUGAUAGAGAUUAUUAAAGAGCUGCAGGACGACAGCGGGGACUAAAAUCUGGGCUAAGACUCUUAACUAGGACAGUGUUGUACGACAUCGAUAACGAUAAUGAUGGUGGUAGUGGUGAUACAACACAUUCUAACACAACGACCUGCAUAAGAAAAUGUAAUAUUAGAAAAGAACCAAUGGAAGGAAAAAUACCAUUGCGAUGGCCAGGAUUGUAGUUCUGUGCUACUGUACUCUACUGCUACUGCUACUGCUACUGCUACUGCUACCACUGCUGUUAUCCCUCCAGAGAUGAAACACGAAGGAGCAGCUGUGGCAGUUAAAGCUGCAGUCCUUGCUUUUUUCUUUCUUUUUGUUCGUUACGGAGGUGACCCCCCCUUUCCCUAACCAUCUUCAUCCUAUCGUCGUCGUAACCCCCCCCCCCCCCCCCCAAAAAAAAAUAAAUGCAGCCCCGAGGAGAGGGGCUCUUUGGGACUUGGAGCGACCCGCCUACAAAGACUCUUGAGAGAGAGAGAGAGGGUGUGAUUGUCCCCGUGUCUUCUCUCUCACACACGGACGUGAGCACAUCGACAGAUGGGAAGGACUUUCUGUGAAGAGUUCAAAGGGCAUUUCCAGGGCAGGGGGCGCUCUACCCCCACCCCUACCCCCCUUCCCUAAAUCCAGACAUAAAGAAAGAUGUUUUAUUUAUUUGAAAUAUUUCUACAAAGAAUAAUAAUAAUACUAUACUAAAAUAACUUUGUAAAG